CAAUCACUCGCUGUCUCUUCGACAGGAACUCGCUCUUUUAUCUUGAGUCACAAGCACCGAGUGAGCAAUUUUUCUCGUGCGAUUUCGCGAAACGGGACUUCACCCUGGUUUGCCUUCUGCUUAGUUUUUUUCUUUCGUCGAAACUGAGCUCGGGCUUCGGGAUCAGUGGCUUCGGGCGUUUUUCGUUCGUUUCCUUUCUUUUUUCUUUUCGCUGCUCUCUGAAACCCCCCGGAUCAUCCAGAAGCGGCAAACAUGGGCUGUGCCAUGUCAGCAGAAGAGCGCGCUGCUCUCGCCCGCUCGAAACAGAUCGAGAAGAACCUGAAGGAGGACGGCAUUCAAGCCGCGAAAGACAUCAAGCUGCUCCUCUUGGGUGCCGGAGAAUCGGGAAAAAGCACGAUUGUGAAGCAAAUGAAAAUCAUCCAUGAAAGCGGUUUCACGAAUGAAGACUUCAAGCAGUACAAGCCCGUAGUGUACAGCAACACAAUUCAGUCCCUUGUGGCCAUCCUCAGGGCCAUGCAAAACCUGGGAAUCCCGCCGGGAAGCCACGAUCGUGAGACUGAUGCCAAGAUGGUGAAUGAUGUGGUUCAGCGAAUGGAAGACACAGAGCCUUUUUCAGAGGAGUUGCUCGCAGCGAUGAAGCGUUUGUGGUCGGAUAGCGGAGUGCAGCAAUGCUUCAGUCGUUCAAACGAAUACCAACUUAACGACUCCGCAAAAUACUUUCUCGACGACCUCGAUCGACUUGGUGCUCGGGACUAUCAGCCAACGGAGCAAGACAUCCUCCGCACGCGUGUCAAAACUACCGGAAUCGUUGAGGUUCAUUUCUCCUUCAAAAAUCUGAAUUUCAAACUUUUCGACGUCGGCGGGCAGCGUUCCGAACGAAAAAAGUGGAUUCAUUGCUUCGAAGACGUCACAGCCAUUAUUUUCUGUGUGGCCAUGUCCGAGUAUGAUCAAGUUCUCCACGAAGAUGAAACGACGAACCGGAUGCACGAGAGCUUGAAACUUUUCGACUCCAUCUGCAACAACAAAUGGUUCACGGAUACUUCCAUAAUUUUGUUCUUGAACAAGAAGGAUCUUUUUGAAGAAAAGAUCAAGAAGUCGCCUUUGACAAUAUGCUUCCCAGAGUAUCCAGGUGCCCAAGAUUACGGAGAAGCGGCAGCCUACAUUCAAGCUCAAUUCGAGGCGAAAAACAAGUCGGAAACGAAAGAAAUCUACUGCCACAUGACCUGCGCCACGGACACCAACAACAUUCAAUUCGUGUUCGAUGCCGUCACCGACGUGAUCAUCGCGAAUAACCUCCGAGGUUGUGGCUUGUACUAGUUCCAUCCCCCCUCCCUGUUGAAGGACUAGUGAAACUCGCCGGAGUGGAUCUGAAGGAGGCCCGUCUACUCGUUGUUUCCGUUGCUGCUUUAUUUUCUUCGCCGGGGAAUGUUUUUGUCGACGGGGUUAGGUCAUUUUUAAUCCGCGUCCUCGGGACGUGGGCAGAGUUUCGUUUUAUUGUGUGCACCGCAGGAAUGCGGGUCGCGAGCGGGGACGAGACACGCGGAUUUUGUCAUCCCGUUUUGCGGAGCAAAUUUUUUUUGAAUUGUAUGCGUCCGCGUCGGUGUCCCGAACCGUGAACGACCGGUGUAAACGAACUAAAGCUGACAAGCACUAAUCCCAAAACGAAGGAUCUAAAGGAUCCUUUGCUGUCGCCGGAUGAAUCGCGUUGGAAAAAGGGAAUCCCCAGAGCUGGUGCUUCGUUCUCAUUUCUUUGCGCUUCUCCGAGUUGCUCUUUUAUUCGCGAGUUCGUAUCCGGUUCUGUUCUCCUGGGACCACACGUUCAAGUGUAGUCUUGAUUUCUGUCGGUUCCCGCUUUCUUCGGCCCUCGACUGCUGUCAUCGACGGCACAUGCUUUCCCGGAAGGAAGUAUAUCCUUAGUUUUCGGGGAAGAUAUGAGUAAAAUGGCUCUGCUGUGAUGUUUCGUCGACUGGAACUUUUCCCUCUCGCUCCAUCUUGCAGCGUCCGCUCCCGACUUCAGAGACCUUUAAUCGCUGUUCCUUCGUGAUCCAGAUUGCCCCCCCCCCUCAUUGUCUCGCGUUCGUGGUUCAAAGAACCGUCAUCAACUAUUCUGAGAUGAGCGAAUGACAUUUUUGCUUGUGAAUGUGCACUACAUGCAGGGAAGUUGUUGACUGGGCGUCGAGACUUGAUUUGGCACCGCAAAAUCUUAUCGGGUGAGGCUCGAACUCGCGCGCGCACUAUCGCUUGAUUUCUCCUCGCGAGUUGCUUGUGAAGGCGAUAAAAUGCCUGGCGAUUUCUCCUUGUGAUGGCGAUUUUGUCGUACUUACGAAACUGGAGUGUAUUGCUUGGAUUUCCUGCCUUGUUGCUGCGUGUUUCGUUCGUUCCGAUUCCUCGCUUUGCUCAGUUCGGCGUCGUUAAUUCGUGUGGGGGCUUUGUUUCGAAGUCGGGUUUUAUUCUUUAUUUUCGCGAGAAGCCCCUUCGUUUCUUCCAAUUGAUCAUUCCAAAUGCUCCAUUUCUCGACUUGAAUGUUCGGCACAAGUCCCGCGCAACGUUCGCGUCCCGUGCGGCGACGAGUGUUUCCGUCCGGGACCCGUUUGAGAAGUGCCGAUUCCACGAAGCAGUGUUCAGACCUCUUUGAUGCACAAUAUCGCAGACCUGACUGUUGUGAUGGGUGCGAAGUUGUACGAGGUAACAUUCAACUUUCAGUCAGGCGCGAAUUAGAUGCAAACCCUUUAAUUUUUCAUCCGCGGAAGCCGAACUUGCGGCUGAUUUAUGUUUUUUUUUGCUCCUUGUAACUAUGACCAGACCAUGGUUGGGCAAGAAUUGGUGGGCCAGUUCUUCAAGAAGCAUCCCGCUUGCUCCACUAGACGUCGAAGCACUGCGGGAGCGUUUUUAGCUUGGAAGUUUAUCCUGUCUUCAUUUUUAAAUGAGUGCUUUUGACGACAUCCUGGGAUGGAGAUGAUUGAUGAUGAGCGGAAUAUAUUGCGGAGCGUGAAUGAGGACAAGCGUGUUGUGACGAGGUAAUCUAGUUCAGUCUGUUGCCUGGGGAAAGAAAGAAUUGAUUCAUUCUAGAUCGUAUUUUUUAUCGCUCGUUUUUGUACUGGCGCACCCCACAAGGAGUUUUAAAUUGAGCGCGCAAAUACCGCCGCCCGCUGGAAUUCAUCCGAGCAGAGAACGGGUCCUUUUAGAAGAUUAAGUUGCCGCAAUACAACUCGCCGAUUAGGUUCCCGUUUAUACGCGAACGGACUGCAAACGCUUCAUUAUGCCCGGACGAUUCCACCGAUUCCGGCCUCGGUCGCUGCAGGACCUGGCGUGCACAAAAAAAUCGGUUCCGUGAUUGGGACUCCCCGCGCUCAGUACUGUAUCAGUGUUUCUCUCUUAUCUCGUGCUCAGUGUUCACUUCAGAUGUUAGGGAAUAGAAUGGACGCGUCAUGUGUCCUCGUGAUUUGACAUGUUCGCCGGAAAGCGCGGAGGCCACGUUGACGGUUUACCUGGCGUUAGCACUUGAGUCGAUGAAAUUAAAAGCUUAAACAUGGCCGCGGUCGAUGUAGGAAUUAAUUAAAAUGAGCUACGUAGGCAGCAGCGGCACACGCGUCACUGCGCUAUUGAGAGGGCAAUGUACAGCAAAGACAUGUGUAUUUCUUCUCGGCUGCCCUCGUCGUGGCAGGUCACAGUCCGUGCUCGUGUCCCAUGUUGACUUCGGCGUUUUUUGUUCGAAAGUUUGAUGGUUUUGUUUCGUUUUUUUGUUUGUUUUUUUUUUAGCUGCAACGCUGGAAACACUUAGCUUUUGACUUUCAUGGGGCGCACAGAGGAGCGCAGGAGGCUCGAACUCCGCUCCGGGGUGGAAACAUCCGUGGGUUAAGUUAGUUCAAAGGAAAGAACGCGCAGAGAUCAUGCAGAAAUAUGAGAUGCGCGUGAGGCUACUUUCCAGCUUUCGGGACCGCCUAAAACGAUGUUCUAAUAGUUUAUUAUAUCACUGCAUCUGCUGAGCAUGAAGUUGCGGAGCCCGAAAAGGGAAGAGAAAGGGGAAUUCCAUAUUCCGGUUCGAAGAGUUUCUAUAUCUGCGUUUUCUACGAUGUCUUUGAUUGCAUGUUUCAUUUCGACUUUCCACUGCUCUUAUAACCGAAGUUUUUUUUUCUUUUUCUUGCGUGCUGUAUGCAGUUGCGAUGGCUUGAAUUCUUUGACAACAUUGAAUGAGAUGUGGUCGUCCUACUCCAACCUUUUAACCGCUGGAACUAUAGAAUGUGGAUUUCCGCA